AUGGGACACCGUGAUCGAAUGGACUGCGACUUGGAUCUGGACCUGGAUUCAAUCUGGAGAGAGUUCCCCACUGUGCCGAGCCCACCACCCUGUGUCGCAGCCAACCAUCACAGUCUCCGAUUAGUCCGACCUAACACCAUGCCAAAUCGUGCAAGAUACGGCGAGAGGUCCCCCUUCAUCGAAUGCCUAUUCUAUCCUGGCUAUGAGAGCGAAUGCUUCUUCGGCUGGACCGGACCGGACCCCUUGUCCCCUGACACCUGCACCGAUGAUCUGUUCCUCUACGUAUCGGCAUUCUUCAUUCUUGAGCGCGUGGACUGGAUAGAAUUACGGCUCAGCAAGCUCAGCAUGGCAACGAAAGAGGUUGUGGAAGAGUACCCCGUUUUUCCUGCCACGGGUUGA